GGUGGCCAUACCAAUAAUUGGGCCGUCUUGGUUUGCACUUCUCGUUUUUGGUUCAACUAUAGACAUAUUGCAAACACCUUGUCCAUGUAUCGUACUGUCAAGCGACUUGGCAUUCCUGACUCCAACAUCAUUCUCAUGCUAGCCGAUGACGUCGCUUGUAACUCUAGAAACAAGUUUCCGGCCACCGUAUACAACAACAAUCGUCGCAUCAUUGAUUUAUAUGGCUCCAAUGUUGAAGUAGAUUACAGGGGUUACGAAGUCACUGUCGAAAACUUUAUUCGUCUCCUUACCGGUCGUGUGGAGGAACAUGUCCCUAGAUCCAAACGUCUGCUUACUGAUGACAGAUCCAACAUCCUCGUAUUCCUCACCGGCCAUGGUGGCGAAGACUUUCUUAAAUUUCAGGAUGCCGAAGAAUUGGGUGCUCAAGAUAUUGCUGAUGCUUUUGCUCAAAUGUAUGAAAAGAAGCGCUACCACGAAAUCUUCUUCAUGAUUGACACUUGCCAGGCUUCAUCCAUGUACUCUCGCUUCUACAGUCCGAAUAUAUUGGCUGCUGCUUCUAGUUUGACUGGCGAAAGCUCAUAUUCGCACCAUGUAGAUCAUGAUUUGGGCGUAUCUGUCAUUGAUCGUUUUACUUACUAUAAUCUAGAAACACUGGAGCAUCUUCAGCGCGAAGACCAAGCAAGUCUUGCUAAAUUGUUUUCAACGUACAAUUUUGCGCAGAUGCAAUCUCAUGUUGGAAUUCGAAGCGAUCUUUUUUCCCGACCACUUGACAAGGCACUCGUUACAGAUUUUUUCGGUGGGGUUCAAAGCGUUGAGCUAAUGGAG